UUGAACUCUUAAGAAGCUUCAAAAUACCCAUGUCCUCCUCCUUCCUCUCGUCUCCCUUCUCUAUUUCUAGCAAACCCAUCCGCCUCUCAAUGAUCCCUCCAAUCUCGCCUCGCCUCUCCCCUUUCCACUCCCUUUCUUCCUCCUCCUCUUCCUUCCUUAGCACCGUCACUCCCAUGGAAGAAACUGCCCGAUUCCACCCGUUUGAUCUCCUCUGACUCGCCGCCCAAGCACAACUCUCUAUCUAAGCCAUGGCGGACGCACGGCCCCGCCUCAGGCUGUCGAUCGUCUUUAUCAUCUUCGCUGCGCUCCUCCUUGCUCGCCUUCCCCUAGGGCGAUGCCAAGGCGACGAUGACUACGACGACGACGACCGCAGCCAAGGUGCGUCCAAUGUGUUCGCUAGCGCCGUCUACUCCCGGAUGAUGAACCUAACCAGUAUCUUCGCCGACGACAUUGGCCGCCAUUUUGAUUUCUGCGUCAAGGACACGGAUAAGGAGUGGAAUGAGGCAUUCAACUUCUCGUCGGAUUUGACCUUCCUAACAAAAUGCGUCAAAGAGACGAAAGGAGAUCUUCCUCACCGCUUAUGCACAUCAGCAGAAGUGAAGUUCUAUUUCAGUAGCUUCAUUGAGAAUAAUGGGGCAAAGAAUUUUCUAAGUCUUAACAAGAAUUGCAAUCUGUCAUCAUGGUUAUCUGGAUGUGAGCCAGGAUGGGCUUGCAGUGUUGGCGAAAAUGCAAAAGUUGAUCUUAAGGAAGAUAGAAAUAUUCCUAUUAGAAAUGUUAAUUGCGGCCCUUGUUGCCAAGGUUUCUUCUGUCCUCGGGGUAUCACUUGCAUGAUGCCCUGUCCACUAGGAGCAUACUGCCCACUUGCAACAUUGAACAAAACUACUGGUAUCUGUGAUCCCUACAAUUACCAGAUUCCUCCUGGACAGCCUAAUCAUACAUGUGGAAGUGCUGAUAUGUGGGCGGAUGUUGAAUCUAGUGGUGAAAUGUUUUGUCCUGCAGGAUCCUAUUGCCCAAGUACUAUACAGAAAGUUUCUUGUAGCAGUGGAUAUUAUUGCAGGAAGGGAUCUGUUUCUCCCACAAGAUGCUAUAAGAAAAGCUCUUGCCCGCCAAAUUCUACAAAUCAAGACAUUACUAUAUUUGGUGCCUUGCUAAUGGUUGCAUUGAGCCUUCUGUUGUUGAUUAUACAUAAUUUUUCUGGCCAAAUGCUCACCAGUAGGGAGAGAAGACAAGCAAAGUCUAGAGAAGCUGCUGCGAGACAUGCUAGAGAAACUGUCCAAGCUCGUGAAAGGUGGAAGUCAGCUAAAGAUGUUGCUAAGAAACAUGCAGCUGGUUUACAGACACAGUUAUCUCGGACCUUCUCUCGGAAAAAGUCUUCAAAUCAAUCAGAGACUCCAAAGGGUUUUGGAGCCAUAUUUGGUGAUGCAGGAGGUGAACCAAAGAAAAAAGAAGAGAAUAACCUUACCAAGAUGGUGCAAUCUAUAGAGAAUGAUCAAGAUAGUUAUGACGGCUUCAAUAUUGAAAUAAGAGAUAAAAAUGUAAAGAAAAAUGCACCUAGGGGUAAACAAAUGCAUACGCGCAGCCAAAUAUUUAAGUACGCAUAUGGACAGAUAGAGAAGGAAAAAGCUAUAGAAGAACAUAACCAAAAUUUGACCUUAUCUGGAGUGAUCUCCCUGGCCACUAAUGUUGAGGUUAGAACUAGACCGCCAAUUGAGGUAGCUUUUAAGGAUCUUUCUCUGACUUUGAAAGGGAGUAAAAGGAAACUGCUGAGGUCAGUAACGGGAAAGAUUAUGGCUGGUCGUGUGGCUGCAGUCAUGGGCCCAUCUGGAGCUGGGAAGACAACAUUUCUGAAUGCAGUGGCUGGGAAAGCAACUGGGUGUGACAUGACUGGUCAUGUUCUAAUAAAUGGAAAAGCUGAACACCUGCGCUCAUAUAAGAAGAUCAUUGGUUUCGUUCCACAAGACGAUAUUGUUCAUGGGAAUUUAACCGUUGAGGAGAAUCUUCGGUUCAGUGCUAGAUGCAGGCUUUCAGCAGACAUGUCCAAACCUGAUAAGGUUCUAGUUGUGGAAAGAGUCAUCGACUCUUUGGGUUUGCAGGCAGUAAGAGACUCACUGGUUGGGACAGUAGAGAAGCGUGGCAUCUCUGGUGGACAGAGAAAAAGAGUGAAUGUUGGUCUGGAAAUGGUCAUGGAACCCUCUCUUCUGAUACUGGAUGAACCAACCUCUGGUUUAGAUAGUUCUUCAUCUAGCUUGUUGUUACGAGCUCUCCGGCGCGAAGCACUUGAAGGUGUAAACAUUUGCAUGGUUGUUCACCAACCCAGCUAUACAUUGUUCAAGAUGUUUGAUGAUUUAAUACUUUUAGCAAAAGGAGGCAUGAUAGUAUACCAAGGAUCAGUGAAGACAGUUGAAGAGUACUUCGCUGGCCUUGGGAUCAAUGUUCCUGAGCGUGUCAAUCCUCCAGAUUACUUCAUUGAUAUUCUAGAGGGUCUAGUAAAACCAAGUGCAAGUGUGAAUUAUAAAGAGUUACCACUACGAUGGAUGCUGCAUAAUGGUUAUGAGGUGCCUCGAGAUAUGCUAGAAGAAGCUCCUGAUGUUGAUUCAUCUCUAAGGGGAAAUCAGGAUAAUCCUUCCAGCAACAGUUCUGAGUCACAGUCACUUGCUGGAGAAGUAUGGGGUAAUGUCAAGGAUAUUGUGGGGCAAAAGCAAGAUGAGUAUGCUUACCAGUUCUCCAAAUCCCAAGAUUUGUCCAACCGCAAAACUCCUGGAAUUUUGAAGCAAUAUAGAUAUUUCCUAGGAAGAGUUGUGAAGCAACGUCUACGAGAAGCUAGAGUCCAAGGGGUUGAUUUUCUUAUUCUAUGUCUUGCUGGCGUGUGCUUAGGAACACUUGCUAAAAUGAGCGAUGAGACAUUUGGUGCACUGGGUUACACAUACACCAUUAUUGCUGUUUCUCUUUUGUGCCAGAUCGGAGCAUUGAGAUCUUUUUCACUUGAAAAAUUGCAGUAUUGGAGAGAAAGAGCAUCUGGCAUGAGUUCCUUGGCAUAUUUUCUAGCAAGAGAUUCAAUUGAUCAUUUCAAUACAAUAAUUAAGCCUAUACUUUAUCUUUCUAUGUUCUAUUUCUUCAACAACCCCAGGUCAUCCAUCGGAGAUAACUACAUAAUUCUGGUCUCACUUGUUUAUUGUGUGACUGGAAUAGGAUAUGCUUUUGCAAUCUUCUUUCAACCAGGCUCUGCACAACUGUGGUCAGCAUUACUACCUGUUGUUUUAACUCUCAUAGCAACUCAGCAAAAGACUUCAAAGUUCAUUGCAGACUUAUGCUACACAAAGUGGGCUUUGGAAGCAUUUGUAAUUGCAAAUGCUGAAAGGUAUUCUGGAGUAUGGUUGAUAACAAGAUGUGGUUCACUUGUAAAUAAUGAUUAUGACAUUGCAGAGUGGAACCUGUGUAUAAUUAUUCUCAUUCUCUAUGGCUUAGUUUUCCGUUGCAUAGCCUUCUUUUGUAUGGUGGCUUUCCAAAGGAAUUGAGGCAAAGAAUAUAACUAUGUGAUAUUGCUUCUGUAGUGAUUCCUUUUUACGUAGGAGUUGAUGUAAUUUUGAUACUCUCCUACAAUUAGGUUAUGUAAAGAGAACAAUAGGAUGCAAUUAGAUUGUUUUUGUAAAGCCCAAAGAGAAUAGUUUUGGUCAUACAUGCUUUAAAGUUUCAAAGUUG